AUGAAAACCAUCACCGGCUGCAAGCAGUCCAAGGACGGAGCAGCAAAGGGAAACAGAGAGAGAGCCAACGAGUUCAACACCUUCUUCAACUGGUUCAACAGCAUGCAUGCCCCCAUCCCCACCCCCCCGGUCCCCUGGCUCAUACUCAACCUCAUCUGCCCUCAGCUGCAGAUUAACACCACCAAAACCAAGGAGAUGGUCGUUGACUACAGGAGGAAAAGUCCCCACCUGAAGCCAGUUUCCAUCGAGGGGGCGGAGGUGGAGGUAGUCAACUCCUACAAGUACCCUGGCCUGCAGCUGGAUAGCAAGUUGGAUUGCCUGAGACUGGACAAACUCAUCAGGCAUGCCAGCUCUGUGGUGGGCAUGGAACAGGAGUCCGUGGUGGCAGUGGCAGAGAGGAGAACCAUGGACAAACUGCUGGCUAUUUUGCACAAUGACAGCCAUCCUCUGCACACUGCCAUCAGCUCUAAAAGGAGCACGUUCAGUGGCAGACUGCGGCCACUGAACUGUUCCAUGGACAGACUAAGAAAAUCCUUUGUUCCGAGAGCAGUCAGACUGUACAACAGCACCUGCAUUCUUAUAAUGUGUGGAAACCUUCUGGUAAUAAUCUCUAUCAUAUACUUCAAACAGCUCCACACUCCUACAAACUACCUCAUCCUCUCUCUGGCUGUGGCUGACCUGCUUGUUGGUGGUGUAGUUUUGCCUUUUAGCACAAUACUGGCUGUAAGCUCAUGUUGGCAUCUUGAAGGUUUGCUCUAUAGAUAUUAUGCAGUGUGUCAGCCUCUGAGGUACAGAACUAAAAUAACUGUCCAUGUUAUUGUGAUCAUGAUCCUAGUGAGCUGGACUGUUUCUGCUCUAAAUGGAAUUGGUGUCACAAUUCGGGGACUAAAGGUAGAACAAUCUAACAGGUGUGUUUUAUUUCAACAUACAAAUUUAGCAAGUUUAGUAAUGGCAACUCUUUUAACGUUUUACCUCCCAGGUAUAGUAAUGUUCACCAUCUACCUAAAGAUUUUUAUGGUGUCACAGAGACAGGUACGCAGCAUCCAGAGCACAACCUGUCAGAACACAAAGUCUGGAGCAACCAUCAGUAAGAUGGAGAGAAAGGCCACCAAAACUCUGGCUAUUGUUAUGGGAGUUUUUCUCAUAUGUUGGACUCCUUUCUUUCUUUGUAUCACCUUUAAUCCUCUGACUGACAAUGCAAUACCAGCCUCUGUGAUCGCAUCAUUUAAAUGGCUUGGAUGGUCAAAUUCAAUGCUCAAUCCAUUUGUCUAUGGUUUCUUUUACACUUGGUUUCGAACUUCUUUCAAACUGAUAAUUUCUGGGAAAAUAUUUCAAGGUGAUUUUACUCACUUUAAACUUUUCUGA